AUGUCAUCGAUAUUCAAAGAAGUGUCUUUAAAAUAAGUGAUUGCUGAUAAAAGUUAAGUAAGAAUACUAUUGACAUAGAAAAUUCAGACACUGGUUACAAUGUUGAAAGAUAUCUAAACGGAGGAGGAGGAAAUUAUGAGAUAAUUCAAUAAAAUGACAAAAGAAGCAAGAUCAAUAGAGGAAUUAUAUGAGAUAAUGGAAAUGAUUAAUUAUGAAAUGAGUGUUCGAAAUAACGAUAAAUUGGAGAUAAUGGAUGAAAUUAAUCACCAAGAGGAGUAUCUGUAAUUAAUUCGAUUUUAUAACAGAUUGUAACAAUAAGGCAAUCUUGAAGGCUAAGUGAGGAAUGCUUUGAAAGAAUUGGAAACAUCACAAAAAUUUUAAAAGACACGAUCUUUGAGAUAGACUGGAAGAUUUCUAUAAUUCAAAGAGAAUAAUCAUAAUUUGAAUAUGGAAAAUAAUAACAUCCAAUCUAAUAUUAUANUAAUUUGUAUUAUUUCAAUUUACACAAAAUUCAAAAGAAUUCUUAAUUUCUUUAUGAUUUUUUAUUGCAUAAUCAUUUGA